AUUUCGCAUCCUCGUACUAACAAAAGGUUGCGAUUUGUCUAUUGGCGACAAGAACAGUCGCAGAAGCGGUGGAUAGCCACUGCUUCAUCAUCCCCAAGCCGGCAAGAUGAACGGUAGUCAUCUGCCGGCUGGGCAGCCCAUGCCGGGAGGUAUCGGCGGAGGAGGGGGGGGAGGAGUUGUGGCAAGAGGACAAGUUGAUAUGGGACCUAGCGGUGGGCGACGACGACCACCGCAGUAUCCAAACCACCAUCACCCAUAUCACCAACCGCAUCAACAACACCAACACCAACAUCAACAUCAACACGUCAGUCCUGUCUACCACAACAGUUAUAUGAAUCCCUAUGCCCAGAGUUUCUACUCUCAAGCUCCUCACCAAUACCAGAAUGGCGCCAUGGCCAAUCCACCAUAUAUGCAUUACAAUCCCUACUCUCAACGGUCUCCUCCCACCAUCCAUCAACAAUAUCCUCCUAUCGUCUCCUCCACCCUACAGCCUAUUCCUCAGCCUUACUCCCGGCCACCUCCACCUCCACAGCAACCUUCCCCGGCGCUUGCGACUCCUCCUCCUCCGUAUGCGCUCGCUGCGCCGCCUCCACCCCCACCUGUUUCUGUACCCGAAACCCCGUCUUCGACGCAUUCUUCACAGCUCCUUCCGACCCCCAUGACACCACCUACCCCCCAAAAUCAAGAACUCACUUCCAGUACUCUGGAUGUCGAGUUUAGGCCAACCCAGUCGCCAUUUAGACCUCCUUUGCCUUGGUUGUCGCGACCUGAUAUACCUUUCCCCACGAAGUCGGCGAGAUCCAAAAGGAGAAAGCGGGUACAGCUUCCUAAUGCCGAAUUCAUCAAGCUACCUUCAAAUCAGCCAAAGGGAUCAGAGCCUACUACUAGAUCGAAUGGUGAAACCACGGGAGCUGAUGCCUCACUAUCAAAAACGCCUACACUUAAACCUACCGUCGCUACCGAUUCGACUACCAAUGAGCAGCCAACACAUCCCGAAAUGCCUUCAAAGUCGGAUGAGUCGUCUGAGAAUCCACAACCGGCCUCACCAUCCACUCCUCGAUUAAGUCAACCGAUCCAGAGUUCAACCGCUACAUCAGUCACCCCUACCAAACCUUUAAAGCCUACCCCUCGUACAACUGUGCCCGCCAUUCCUAUCGUCCCCGUAAUCCCUAAAGCAAUCCCUAAAGAGACAAUUACGCCUAGUACUGUUGCCAAGUCUUCAGAAAAGAAGCACCCAGCUGAGAACUCUUCCUCUGAGACUCCAGCCGCUUCAAGUGAGACUUCUAACGUCGAAGAAAAAGUUGAAACUGCGCCUGCGCCUGCUCCUGCUCCAGUGAAGACGGGUCCAAAACUUUGGACAGGACUAUUUGCACGUACCACGUCGGCUGCCUCUCCUGCGACUGGCACAACUGGUGUGAGAUCUGCGAGUACUGGAGCUACGGCAUCUGAUCUCAACUCUGAUAAUGUAGACCAAAGCAACGGGGGCGUUGGCUUGGGUAGCUUUGUGAAGUCGAAUACCAAUUCUUUGGCUGAGGCUCUACGAGCCUAUAGUGUUGAUAAUGGCCAGAAAAUUGCGUUUUUGGAGCCCAGGGGAUUGAUAAAUCCUGGCAACAUGUGCUAUAUGAAUUCGGUCUUACAAGCCCUCAUUUUUUGCAUUCCAUUCUAUGAGUUCCUUGACCAAGUCGGCAAGAAAGCCGCGUAUAGUUUCAAGAGUGAAACACCCUUAAUUGAUGCCAUGAUAAUGUUUAUGCGUGAGUACAAGGUGAUUGAUUCAGCAGUUUCUACUGAACAACUUCGACGAAGACUCAAGAGCGAGGAACUUGAACAAUACGGAGAGCCUUUUACCCCAGAAUUUGUCUAUGAUGCCAUAAGGAAGCUUCCAAGGUUCGCUAGUAUGAGGCGUGGACACCAACAAGACGCCGAAGAAUUCCUUGGGUUCCUUCUGGAGGCAUUGCAUGACGAAUGUGCACAGGUAAUGCGUCACCCAGCUAGUUCCUCAGCUACAACAACCGCAAACUCCGCAACGGCUACCCCUGCCGCAACGUCUCCUACGGCCACUUCAGAGGCCAACGAUUGGUUGGAAGUAGGGCGACGCCAGCGCGCUACUAUCACUCGGUCCUCUGGUCACCCUAUCACGUCAUCUCCUAUUUCUAAAGUGUUUGGUGGACAACUAAGAUCCGAAUUAAGGGUUCCAGGCUUGAAGGAUUCUGUAACCUUGGAGCCCUUCCAGCCGCUUCAGCUGGAUAUUGGCUCCCCUCACAUACACAACAUCGUCGAUGCACUGAAGGGGCUUACUGGGCCAGAAACUCUACACGGCGACUUUAGAUCACCAAGAGGAAAAGAUGCGCCAGCUACCAAACAGGUUCUCAUCGAGUCCCUACCACCAGUCCUUAUCCUCCACUUGAAGCGUUUCCAAUUUGAUGCUGAAGGUACUGGAACUGUCAAAAUCUGGAAGAAAGUUGGAUAUCCGCUCGAGCUCGAGCUUCCCAAGGAAAUCUUUUCACGCCAAAAACGUAACGCGCUUACGGCCGAGGGGGUUGGUUCUCCUAAGUAUAGGUUGAUCGCUGCCAUUUAUCAUCACGGCAAAAAUGCGAGUGGCGGACAUUACACUGUCGAUCUCAGGCGCCAGGAUGGCCGUGAAUGGAUCCGCAUGGAUGACACGAUUAUUAGACGGGUCAGAAGUGAGGAUGUUGCCGAAGGUGGCGUUGAGGAUGACAGUGCCAAGUCAUCGUCUCGUGCUGACAAGAGAGAUGUCCCUGUCGGCGUGCCCGGGAACAGAUUUGACGGAAUUGGCGACGACGAAGGUGGUGAUGAUGAAGGAUGGAACAAAGUCAGUGCUCUAGUAAACGGAACCAAGAAGUGGAGCUCCGUUGUCAAUGGUGCAUCAAACCCGGCCCCUCAAACUAAGGGAAAACAGAUGAAAGACAACAUCAAGGACAACAAAGUUGCCUACCUGUUGUUCUACCAAAAGGUGUAAGGGGGCUCUGCUACUUCGGUGUAACGUCCAACAUACAUGUUGGUUAGCUACUGUAUGAAGAGUAGGUCAGGAUGGGGGUUGGUAUGCCUACUGGAGGCUGGCUGCAUUGGUAUGACAAGGGUUUAAAGGUGUGUCAAAAGUU